GGCUGGCAUUGCCCUCCAGGUCCCGCUGCUCUCAUCAGCCCUCUUCCCUCUCCGCCACAUGAUGGGUUUUGUUUCAGUUGCCGUUCUCUCCGCAACUUCCCGGGACACUGAGGAGCAGAUGGGGUCGUAGGAUCGACGUGGAGCUCGGUACUUUUCCUACCAGCAGACCAGAGCACGCACAAGGAAAACCGUGGCGUUGUCCCCUCUGCAGGAGCAACAGCUGAUUCUGUGAGCGCGUAAUCAAAGAGUGCAAGCUACUUACUGUGUGUGCACAGCCAGACUCCUGCUCUGUCACUCGGGCUCAGGCGGGGACUGUGUCGGUGGCGCAGAGGCGCGAGAACUCGGUCGACAUUACGGUACCGGGACAGAUUGAAGAGAGAGAGAGAGCAGCGCGCGAGCACAGAUGAUUUUCAUGGAAAUAUCACGAGCUGAACCCGAACAUAAACACCUUGUAUGAAAAAGAGUCGGGAAGAAGAGCUCUUGGAUUAUCCGGCGCUGUUCUCUUUGCCUGGACUGAGAAGAGUUGACAACAAAUUACAAAAGAAAACAAAAUGUUUACCAUGCAGCAGGCCGUGUUUCAGGGCUGGGUUUAAGGCCCAGCUGAACAAGGAACCGAGCAGUUUUCUCUCUCCCACACACUUUUUUUUUGGAAGCCGAACUUUUGAGAGUGGAAAAUGGGUCUUUGAGAGAGUUGGCACAUCUCCACACACCACAAUGGCAACCGAAACCUUUCUGUUGAACGAAGAACCCUCCAGAGGUCCUGGGAUGCCUGAAUGCUUUGUAGUAUCAGAUUCAUACAGGGAUGAAUUUCAUCCCUUCAUUGAGGCCCUCCUCCCCCAUGUCCGUGCCUUCUCCUACACCUGGUUCAACCUGCAGGCCCGUAAGCGCAAGUACUUCAAGAAACAUGAGAAGAGAAUGACCAAGGAUGAAGAGCGCGCAGUGAAGGACGAACUGUUGGGGGAAAAACCAGAGAUCAAGCAGAAGUGGGCCUCACGCCUGCUGGCCAAGCUCCGCAAGGACAUCCGGCCCGAGUUCCGUGAGGACUUUGUGCUCACCAUCACGGGGAAGAAGCCCCCCUGCUGCGUGCUGUCCAACCCUGACCAGAAGGGCAAGAUCCGCCGCAUCGACUGCCUCCGCCAGGCUGACAAGGUGUGGCGGCUGGACCUAGUGAUGGUCAUCCUGUUCAAGGGCAGCCCCCUGGAGAGCACGGAUGGGGAGCGGCUGGUCAAGUCGCCCCAGUGCUCUAACCACGGCCUAUGUGUCCAGCCACACCACAUUGGAGUGACGGUCAAGGAGCUGGACCUCUACCUGGCCUACUUCGUCCACUCUCCAGAACAAUCAGGACAAUCAGACAACUCAAACCAGCAAGGAGACACAGACGUGAAGCCCCCUCCAAAUGGCCACUUGAGUUUCCAGGACUGCUUUGUGACUUCAGGGGUGUGGAACGUAGCCGAGCUGGUCCGCGUGUCGCAGACCCCAGUUGCUACAGCAACCGGCCCCAACUUCUCUUUGGCUGACCUGGACAGCCCUGGAUACUACAACAUCAACCAGGUGACCCUGGGACGGCGCUCCAUCACCUCCACUCCCUCCACCAGCUCCAACAAGCGCAAGUCAAUUGACGACAGCGAGAUGGAGAGCCCGGUGGACGAUGUCUUCUACUCGGGCCGCUCCCCUGCGGCUGGCAGCAGCUCUCAGUCCAGCGGUUGGCCUAAUGAUGUGGAUGCAGUGCAACACCAUUUGGCCAGUGUGCAGGAGAGGAAGAUUAAGCAUGAGAGCGAUGGAGUGCAGUUUCCUUACCAUGGACUCUCAUCGCCUAGUUCUCUUAAGAAGCCGGGGAAAUUCGAUUUCAGCGCCCUGUCCUCCCAGACGAGGUCCCCCCGCAUGGCGUUCACCCACCACCCACUGCCAAUGCUGGCGGGAGUGAGACCAGGGAGUCCCCGUGCUUCAGCUUCGGCCCUGCACUUCCCAUCUCCUUCCAUCAUCCAGCAGUCUAGCCCCUACUUCACCCACCCAACCAUCCGCUACCACCACCACCCUGGACAGGAUCCCCUGAAGGAAUUUGUGCAGUUUGUCUGUGCUGAUGGCUCGGGGCAGGCCGCUGGACAGCAUACUCCACGCCAGGCGCCACAGCUCCCAACAGGUUUGUCGGCAUCGGAUCACGGGACAACAACUUUCUGAACAUCCCGCAGCAGACGCAGUCUUGGUUCCUCUGACAAGAUCUGUGUACAAACCAGCAACUAGAAUGCUUUUACAAUCGGAAAUAGAAACAGAGAAACAGCCCGCAGGAUGAAAACUGUCCUCAACAAACCCACCGACCGACCCUGACAGAACGUCUCACCUGAUACAAAAUAUAGCCGCGCAAUGCAGGAAAAUUCCAGCAGCAUUAUGCUUAUAGAGGAACUCUGGACUCAUUUACCCAGUCAGAGGGAGGACCCAUUUGGAGCAAAGAUGGAUGGAUGAAUGGGAAGAUGAAUGAAUGGACAAGAGGAUGCCAGGAUAAAAGAAGGGGUGAGGGGACAAACGGCAGCGAGCAGGCAUCUCUCCUGAAACCAGCACAACACAGCAGUAACACAGGAGGAACCUGAGGAAGAGGAAGCGGUCGACUUCUCCUACUUUGUGAGGACACGUUGUGUAAAGAAAUGGCUACGAAAAUCAACUGUCCAACCAAAAAAAACAAAAAAAAAACACAGAUUUAACGUUUUUCACUCCAAAGCUUCAACCAGAACGAAUCCACAGCCAGAUCAAAGAAAAGGCACAAUUUGGUUUCCACUAAAAAGCUGCAGUCCAUGCUCCUGUGAUGUCUGUCAUCACCAAAAAAUCGGAUUGACCUUCGUUUCUGUCCUUCUGAAAGACUCCACAAAGUCCCCUUAUCCUACUACUAACUACAGAGAGACCAUGCCAAAACGUAUGUCGAUUAAAGGUUGCACUAGAAGCUGAAUCAAUUAACACUAAUCUAAACGAUGUGCACUAUUUACCUACAAGGCAUGGGAGGUAAACCACACUUGUCUAUCAAGAGUUUUAAAGAGGAAACGCCCUUGUGUGUCCUCAACCCCCAUUUUUCAGUUUGACAACUCAUUGGCCUCCACUUAUUCUCUCACACACACACACACACACAAACACACACACACACACACAAACACACACCCUCACACACCCUCACAUGACUCACACACAAAAAGAUGAUAUAAUCUGUGCCAUGACCACAGUAUGUACAAGUGGUAACACACACAGUUACGCAGUCAGACCUUUCAGAUUGUAGUUCUCAUAGGUGGUGGUGGCGUGUUAUUUUCACAUGCAAACAGAAAGCCCAGUGUACUCUUGCUACCUAUUUGAUAGAGACAUCCAAACAUGACACACACUCACACGCUGAAAACCCCUGUGUGAGUGCAGCAUUACUGACAGUUUCCUGACUAGAGACAGCAGCUACCAGUUCCCCCGUGCCCUCUAGUAAUUUAGCUGAAUGAUUUUGUUAUCUCUUGUGUGUUCUCUUAUUUGAAUUUAUUCCUUUUUGGAUUUGUACUAUUUUGUAAUUGUUUUGUAUUUGAAUGACAGCACCUUAAAGAGAAACACAGCGGGAGGUGGGAUGCUAUAGCGGCGUAGACAGGUGGUUAGCUGACCUUGAUCCAGUAGUACACACAGAACCUUACAGAACAAAGAGAGGCGUUUUGGGAGAUAUGUUCAGGUUGUUAGUCAGAGUUGGAUGAGAAGAUGAUUGUUAAAAAUUAAGGCUACAGCUAGCAGCAGUGUGGGUUAGCUUAGCAAGAUGCAGAGGCAACAAAAUUGACAAACCAGGCCCUUCUAAAUAUUAUUUAACAUCUUCUACAGCUCAUGUUCAAGUGAAAAGGCGGUUUUGGUUGGUUUUCUUAACACAACUUAAGACCUAAACGCCAUGUUUGCCCUCAUCUCCAGUAUUUCUGCUAAGCUAACUUGCUGCUUGUGAUGGCUUGUAUUCAGCAUGAGUUGGAUCAAUCUUCUUGCUCAACUCUCAGCAAGACAGCAAUCCUGUUUAUUCCCAAAAAUGUCAAACUUUGUCAUGGUUUGUUUGUUCCCAGUGCCAGAUAAACUGUACCACACAAUGAAGGGUUUGACAAUCACAGGAAGCUUAUUUUCUGAGCACUUACUUGACAAAAACAAAGCUAACCACGUCUGCUUUUGCACCGUGGUACAGCUGGUGACCGGUGGUGGUGGUGGUGGCGGUGAUUUAUGAGCGAAAGAGAAACAGAAGUGAGGAGAGAAGGUUGCUGAGGAUGGGACCCAGAGUAAAAGAGAGAGUUAGCUCUUCUUUCUGUCUCCCUAAAGUUUACCCUGUUGUUUACACUCCCAGACAGGCUGCUGCUCCAAGAGCAGAGGGAGCCACACUGUGGAGCAAAAUGAAUAUGUGACAUAUCUGGCUGUUUUUUCUGAGAGACAAGCAAGGGGCCUCUAAGGCUAGCAGUAGGAGGAUCACCCAUGUGCCCUGUUUUGUCUUGGUGCAUAGGAUCGAGUAAAGGAUAUCAGUUGCUAUGGUAAACCCACCCCUAAACACACAAACGCACACACCAGCACUCCCCUCUCGUGAGUCAAUGAGCCCUUAAUGAUCAAAACUGCACUAAAACAAUCAUGCCAGCCAACUUGUGAGUUUUUUUAUGUAACAGUAGAUGGACCACCAAGAAGUGUUUCAAAUCAGUGGAUGUGUCGCUGGAUCGAAACACAUUUCUAGUAGAGCAUAUAUCGCCACUUCUUAAACACACACUUAUAAAAACACUUCCCCUGUGCCCGACUGAAAACAAAGGGAAGUCUUAAAAAAGACAAUCUGAGGAGCCCUUUUGCUUUUAAUAAUUUUUACAUCAUUGGCCCGUUCAUCUUCUGACUGAUUCAGUUAUCUCCUGUCAAAAUUGAAAACCACUCACCCAACCUCACAAAAUAACUGGACUGCCUGGCCACGUUCUUCACUGCAGGGAAACACAACAUAGUUGGCCAACCGACUGGCGACCAUCUCAUCAGCUUUGUAGAGAGAACUAGCUCUACUGAGUAAGACGUUAACGACAGCUAAGGUGAUUUCUUUUCUAAUCUAUGGAAGUGCCUCUGUAUUCCCAUUAUGCAAUUUGUCAAACAUGAAUUCAGGUUCUUUUUUCUCACAUAUAAGCUAUAGUGAAUGGUGAAAAAUUUAUGUCAGGAGAGGGAAAAAAAACAGUGACAGCUCACUAGAUAAUCGCAAGCAUCUUUAUAUAUAAUACACAUAUAUAUUUAUAGAUAUAUACUUUCUUUUUUUUUGCAAGAUAAGCUCUGUGGCAGUCUAGUUAUUUUUUGAAGCAUGGCGUACAUCGCACAGUCAUAGGAUGCAUCUUUAAAACAGCUGAUUAGAGCUCAAGUACCAGCCUCUAAACCCACACUCGCAUUAAACAACAUAAAAGAAAAAAAAAUCAACGGCAGAUGAAAACAACAGAAACAUUGAAAAUAGACAGUGAUGAAAAUGUAGUUGAGGAUUUAAAAUGAAAAAAUUAGGUUUUGUUGUUUUCUUUCUUGUUUUGAUGGGAAGUAUUGUUCUUGAAACUAAAUGAUGUAUGUUGAUUGAGCCAUGUGCAAUGCCUUGGUAGAGGAAUUGUGUUUGUUUGUUAGCGAUUGUUUGAGGGUGUCACGAGAAAAGAGGGAAAACCCUCUGCAUUUUUUGUUGUUUAAGUCCACAUGCUCUGGGACUCUAAAUACGAGCACAGCGAGUAAAAAUAAUCCCAGUCUUUGUAAGUAAGUUUGGGGAAAUUGUUUUUAUUAUUUUUUUCCUUUUGUGACUUUUUUAAGAAAAAAACUUAAUUUCUAAUGAUUUGUUUUCAGAAUGUGGGAGGGCUGAAGGAACAAUUUUGCAACUCUUAAAAUAUAUAUCACUAUGAAAACUGGUGCUUUCAUAAAGAAUAAAGUACAUUCAGUCUCUAUUAUACAUAAAUAAUAAACAAAAUUAAGUGUUAACAUAAAAAGCAAAUUUUAGGAAACAUGCAUUAUUCUAUUUCUCUUUUUGUAUUUAGCGAGGGGGGAGGGGUUCAUUGUAUAAAAAGGCUGUUGUGACAAAAGGCAUUUUUCCCUCCCAACCUUUACACCAUAGCAGAGCAGUCACAGGGACACAAAAAUACAAGGUGUUUUUUCCUAGGCUGUAUCAAUGAUCCUGAAGUGGGACAAAGACAAGAUCUUCCCCAGUUUGGGAGAUGCAAAAUUGUGGAUCCCCAUAGUCAGAGGAACACGACUGUAACGGAUUUAUGAUGUCUGGUGAGAGUUUGGAUUUGGUACAAGCCAGCGAGAGGGAAUAAGCGGCCUCUCUCUGCUCAGCUGGUCUGCUGUCAUCAGUUCAAGUGAACCCAUCCCCCCUCUCUCCCCUCUUCCUCCUCCCCCCUGAAUCCCCACCUCCCACUGUAAAUGAUUAUAAAUAUUUGUUUGGUGAUGUAGUGUUUUAGACUCAGAGCAUCUUAAAGGUUGUCCCUAAAAAGUGCCUUUUGUUCACAGAUUCCAUCUUGUAAUCCUGAGUGCCCAUCUCAAAAGAAAAAAAGUCCCCUCCUUCAUGCUUCUAUAUCUUUCUCUUCCUCUUCUCUGAGCUUUUUAAAGCAGUAUACAUAGUACUAAAGGACAUUGGUGUGAUUUAGUUCCUCUUUUUAUUGUUGAAUAAUUAAGAAAAGCAUAAAAAAGCCACAAAAAAAGAUUUUUUCGUCUUGCUUCUCUUCCUCUGUAUCUUGUCUUCUGUCUAUCUUGGACACUGGAGUAGUCUGUAGCCGCGUAACCCUCUCUCCCUCUUUCCUCCCCCUCCUUUCUCUCUAUCUCUGAACGGUGGGGUUUUAUAAAAAGAAAAAAAAAAAAGAAUACGCUAAGAUUUUUUUGUCUGAGCAGAAUGCAGUUAGCUCACAUGUUAUUCUUGUCUGUACGCUUCACAUUGUAUUACCAUACCCAUCUUCUUCAGCUUCUCCAUUCAACAGCUAAUGUAAGUGAACAAGUUACACCAACGGGCUCUGGGCCGUGCUGGGGACACGGAGGCUGGUUCAGAUAAAGGGAGAAAAGCACUAACAGGAUAUUUUUGGGGUUUGGACUGUGGUGAGAGGAGGUGACCAGUAGGCCUGCUGGUGUAGGCAGGUUUGUUUGUAAUUCUUGAUUUUACCUAUUUAUUUUUUUUAUAAUUGAUUUGGAUUUUCUUUUUAAUUCUUUUUAUUUUGGUCAUUGUUACUGCGUAUCUUAGGCGGUGGGAAAACGCUGCAUUGAAACAUUUAAUUAUGCACCUUUCUAGUGGUUGAAUGAGACCAGCUAUAAAAAAAAAAACAAUGAGAACGACUUAAGCACCUUAUAAGCGGACUGGUUCCCCAAACCAGAGACUGAAAAGCUCAGAUUUAGCACAAUCAGAGUGAUGUUACACAGUGUUCGAUAGUGGUGUGGUUCCAAAAGCAGUUUCAAAAACAUAAUGAUUGAAAGAAACAAUAUUUUCAAAUUCCAACACAGAAACCAACCUAUUCGAGAUUUUGAUCUGAUAUAACUCAAAUAUGCAACUUUUAUUGUCUUCAUCAAGCCAAUGAAGCCAGCGCAGUAUUAUGAAUCCAACCUUGACAAGUGAACACAUCACAGGAGAAGCCAUAUCAAAGAUGAGCAGGUUGCAGGGGGUAGACUCUGUGUGUGUGUGUGUGUGUGUGUGUGUGUGUGUGUGUGUGUGUGUGUGUGUGUGUGUGUGUGUGUGUGUGUGUGUGUGUGUGUGUGUGUGUGUGUGUGUGUGUGUGUGUGUGUGUGCCUGCGUUUCUUAAAAGGGGAGACGUCUCCUGCACCAUUCAAAGAGCCCAGUCACACCCUGUGGCAAAAUCGUCCGCUUUUUUUUUUUUCUUUUCUUUUCUUUUUAACACAUCGUGUAGGGUAGCUGGUUAAGUGAUGUGUAGGCUGAGCCCCCUGGUCAGCUGAACUCUCAACUCAGUCCUUCAACUCCUUCACCACGAGUGCUCCUCCUACUCCUCCUUUUCAUCCCUCGAAACAAGUGUCCUAUCCUCAGACGCACCCCCAGAGCCCAUGGUGAAAUGCAUGUGUUAAUUACAGUUUCUUUUCCAUAAUAAUAAUAAAAAACAGUUUGAAAAGAGCAACCCCUUUACUUGAUUGAAUAAAAGGAUGUUCUUGACUGUA